AUGUCUGCUGCCAGCUGUCUGAGAGCUGAAGAUCAGUUUCUGUGCUCCAUCUGUCUGGAUGUGUUCACUGAUCCAGUCACCACACCAUGUGGACACAACUUCUGCAAAAACUGCAUCAAUGAACACUGGAACAGUAAAGACCAGUACCUGUGUCCAAUGUGUAAAAAGGUUUUCAACACAAGACCUGAACUUCACAACAACACAUUCAUGUCUGAAAUGGUUUCUCACAGCUCAGAGCAACAAGCUGCCAAACCAGGAGAAGUUCCCUGUGACGUCUGUACUGGAACCAAACUGAAGGCCCUGAAGUCCUGUUUGGUGUGUCUGACCUCCUACUGUGAGACUCACCUGGAGCCUCAUCUGACAGCUUCACGUCUGAAAAGACAUCAGCUGAUGGACCCUGUGGAGAACCUGGAAGACAGGAUGUGUAUGAAACAUGAUAAACCUCUGGAGCUGUUCUGUAAGACCGACCAGACAUGUGUCUGUGCACUCUGCUCUGUUUUAGACCACAAGACACAUGAUGUUGUUCCUCUGAAAGAAGAAUAUGAAGGAAAGAAGGCAGAGCUGGGGAAGACAGAGGCUGAAAUUCAGGAGAUGAUCCAGAAGAGACGACUGAAGAUUGAAGAGAUCAAACACUCAGUUGACCUCAGUAAGGAAGCUGCAGUCAGAGAGAAAGCAGAAGGUGUUCAGGUCUUCACCGCUCUGAAGGAGUCUGUUGAGAGAAGACUGAAUGAGCUCAUUGAGACGAUUGACGAGAAGCAAAGAACAGCAGAGAAACAGGCUGAAGACUUCAUCAAAGAGCUGGAACAGGAAAUCUCUGAGCUGAAGAAGAGAAGCUCUGAGGUGGAGAAGCUCUCACACUCUGAAGAACACCUCCACCUCCUCCAAAACUUCCCGUCCCUGAAAGCUGCUCCACCCACCAAAGACUGGACAGAGGUCAGCAUCUGUCCAUCAUAUGAGGAGACUCUGGUGAGAGCUGUGGCUCAGCUGGAGGAGACGCUCAGUAAACAGUUGAAGAAGCAGUUUGAAGCUCAGCUGAAGAAGGUCCAGCAGUAUGCAGUGGAUGUGACUCUUGAUCCUGAUACAGCAAAUCCUGAGCUCAUCCUGUCUCAUGAUGGGAAACAAGUAAAUCAUGGUGAUGUGAAGAAGAAUCUCCCAGACAACCCAAAGAGAUUUUCUUAUUGUGUGAGUGUGUUAGGAAAGCAGAGUUUCUCUUCAGGCAGAUUUUACUUUGAGGUUCAAGUUAAAGAGAAGACUGAGUGGAAUUUAGGAGUGGCCAGAGAGUCGAUCAAACGGAAGGGACAAAUCAAACUGAAACCUCAGGACGGUUACUGGACUAUGUGGUUGAGAAAUGGAAAUGAGUACAAAGCCAGUAAUAGUCCUCCAGUCGAUAUUUCUCUGAAGGCUCAGCCUCAGAAGGUGGGGGUGUUUGUAGAUUAUGAGAAGGGUCUGGUCUCCUUUUAUGACGUAGAUGCUGCAGCUCUUAUCUACUCCUUUACUGGCUGCUCCUUCACUGAGAAACUCUACCCAUACUUCUGUCCCGGUCUUUAUUAUGGUGGCACAAACUCCGCCCCUUUGAUAAUCUGUCCUGUCAAUCAUACUGCUUAAACAUAUUUUCUGUCUGCAAUUUAGUAAGCAAAGAAGCAUUGCCAACAAUGUACAGUAUCAAUGUAGACUCUGUCUGAAUAGACAAUGGGCAAAUU